UCUUUCUCCUCUAUACUGUUGUCCUUUAUAUUCAGAUUUCUGAUCAUACGCCGCCGUCAAUCACAACAAAAAAGGAGAAAAACUAAAAGCAUGUCCUCCCCAUCUUCAGAUCAUUCUUCCACUGUUCACCCUCCUCCAUAUGUAGUGGACGACUGUCGCGGCGUCCUUCAAGUUUACAGCGACGGUUCCAUCGUGCGCUCUUCAAAGCCAAGCUUCAACGUUCCCGUACACGACGACGGCUCUGUUCUGUGGAAAGAUGUCGUUUUCGAACCCACCCAUAACCUUCAGCUUCGUCUCUAUAAACCCGCUGAUUCCUCUUCCUCCUCCAAGCUUCCGAUUUUCUACUAUAUCCACGGUGGUGGCUUCUGCAUCGGCUCCUUUACCUGGCCCAACUUUCACAACUACUGCCUCCGUCUCUCUUCGGAGCUCAGAGCCGUCGUCAUCGCGCCGGACUAUCGGCUGGCUCCGGAGAACCGACUGCCGGCCGCUAUGGAUGACGCAUUCGCGGCGGUCAAGUGGCUCCAGGCUCAAGCCACCAGCAAUGACCCGGAUCCGUGGCUGACCGAAGUGGCCGAUUUCGAUCGGGUGUUCAUUUCAGGCGACUCCGCGGGCGGAAACCUUGCUCACUAUCUGGCGGUUCGGCUGGGUCGCGGGUCGCCCGAGAUGGCGCCGCUUCGGGUCAGAGGCUACCUCCUCUUGGCACCCUUCUUUAGCGGCAACGCAAGAACCCAAUUGGAGGCUGAAGGUCCAAAAGACGCUUUCCUCAAUUUAGAACUCAUGGACAGAUUUUGGAGGCUUUCUGUGCCGAUUGGAGCUGACAGGGAUCAUCCCCUUGUGAAUCCAUUUGGGCCAUCGAGCAAGAGCCUUGAAGGCAUUGAUCUGGAUCCAAUACUAGUGAUUGUUGGAACAAGUGAUUUGCUGAGAGAUAGGUGCAAGGAUUACGCAGAUAGGCUUAAGAACUGGAGGAAGAACAUAGAAUAUGCAGAAUUUGAAGGAAUGCAACAUGGAUUCUUCACUGUCGAUCCUAAUUCAGAAGAUGCAAAUAGGUUGAUGGUAAUCAUCAAACAAUUCGUAGAGAAACAUUCAUUCUGAAUCUGAAUUAUUCAGCCAGUCUCGCAGCUCCUGAUUAUCCCUGCCAAAGCUUGUGGGGCUUUCACUAUCAGUAUUUUCCAAUAAGGUUCUUGUCACAAGUGAACCAGUGAACCAGAACCGUGCUAUAUUACUUACAUGGUUAAUGCGUGUGUUCUCUAAGUAUUGCUGGGACAAGUCGCCCGACGAGUGAAUUCAUGGAAUGUUUUCUACUUUCUAGUU